GUCAAAGAAGUCCAUGUGAAAUCUGUAAAGCAACCUUUCUAGUUUGUUUUGCUUCUCUCUAGCUAAGUCUAUAAAUAUGUACAACCUCUUUCUUUACUUUUUAAAAACCCAUAAACCCAUUUAAUAGAUCUUAAAACAAAAAAACAACAAUUCUACCUUUCUUUCAAAACCACCAAUCUCUUUUAAUCCUCUGUUUCAAUCUCCUUUUGAUCAAUCAUCAAACACAAUUGUUAGGGUUUCUUUUGUUUUUUGCUUAUACUUCAAGAAACGUCAAGUUUAAAAAAAAAAUGGAAGAAAGCAAUGAUCUUUAUCAGACAAAUUUCAGCCCUAGAAUCUCAGAGAUCAGAGCAUCUCUGUCUCAGAUCAUAUUAGGAGGAGGACCAAACACACUCGACUCCAUCUUCUCACUUCUCACACCUUCUUCCUCUGUAGAAUCCGCCACAACAUCAUUCAACACUCUCAAUCCUCCGCCACCGCCGCAGCUCGGCUCCUCCGUCUAUCUCCGGCAACGAGACAUCAUCGAGAAAUUCCACCUUCAAAACAGAGCAAUCUCCGCUCCUCCUCCUCCUCUGUUUUCCUCAUCGUUCGAUCAUCAUCAAACUUCCGAGCUAAUGCUCCAAGCGGCGGCCGGGACUCCAGCGGAAGCUUUCGCCGCUGCGUUAGCGGCUGGGAGGACGACGAAAAAGAAGAAACUUUACAGAGGAGUGAGGCAGAGACACUGGGGGAAAUGGGUUGCGGAGAUAAGAUUGCCGCAAAACAGAAUGAGGGUUUGGUUAGGAACUUACGACACGGCCGAAGCCGCCGCUUACGCUUACGAUCGCGCCGCCUAUAAGCUCCGUGGAGAAUACGCUCGUCUCAAUUUCCCAAAUCUCAAAGACCCGAGUGAGCUGCUCGGACUCGGAGACUCCUCCAAGCUUAUAGCUCUCAAGAACGCCGUCGACGGGAAGAUCCAAUCCAUUUGCCAGAGAGUCAGAAAAGAGAGAGCAAAAAAGAGCGCCAAAGUGAGCAAAAACUCGUCGGCGACUGCAGAUUCUUCAUAUUCUUCAUCACCGGAGAUUAUAUCAUCGUCUCCGGCGACGAUGACUACGACCGCGGUUAACUCAGAGGACAGUUACUGGGUUUCGCAGAUGAGGUUGUGCAACAGUGAGAAUAGUUCUCCGGCAUCGGUUUCGGUUUCCGAUGAAAUUCCGGCAACGACGGCGACGGCGGCGGAGGAUGAAGACGCGAUGAUGGGAGUGGACACUGAUGGGUUUUUACUAGCGAGGAUGCCAUCGUUCGAUCCAGAGCUUAUUUGGGAAGUUCUCGCCAAUUAAACCGAUACACGAAACUGUUAAUUUUUGAUCAAAACUGCAACAAACAAACAACAAGAAGAGCAAAACACUUUGGGAUUAGGGAAAAAAAAAAUGAUGAGAAAAAUUAGGGUUUUAGGCGUGAAUUUUAGGGUUUUCAAGUUGUUAAAAUCGUUUGAAAGUUGUUAAAUAUACGUAAUUAGGGUAAAAUCUGAAGCCUCGUGGUUUUUGAAAGAGGUUGUGAAAGCUCCUUUUUUUUUUUGAAUUUCUAUUUUGAUCAUUAAGGACUUUCCUAUUCUGAUUGUACUUAGAACAGUUUAUAUGUUACAGUUUUAUUUUUAAUAAAAUUAUUAAGAUUGGGUAAAAGCUUCUAGAGAGAUUUUUAAACACAGGUG